AUUCUGUCAUUUAUCAGCUGUGAUUACGUGAUUCGCAGGGGCAAAGUGAGAUUGUUUUCUGGUUCGCAAAAAUUAAUAGUAAAUAUUAAAUAUGUUCCACCGAACGCGUUCAUUGAGUACUAUUGUACGUCGAGGCUACAACCAAGCAGCACAGGAUAUGGCUGGAGUAAAACCUCCAAAAGGACCAGGUGGUAGUGAUGGUGUUAAUACCAAUGUGCCAGGACUAAGCAGCAACAUCGUCAAACCAGCUUCCGGUCCACUCGGUCCCGGUGCUUCUCCGACUGGUGAAUAUAAAGUCCCGGAAUACUAUUCCUUCAACCGCUUCAGUUACGCCGAAGCAGAGGUGGAAAUAGCCAAAUAUCGCUUACCACAACCUUCCGCACAUCGAAAGUAAUCAGCAAAAUAAAUUUGAAUAGAACAGUGUGAGAAAAAUAACUAAUAUUAAUAAUCAAAAUAAAUAAUACCACAAUUA